AAAAAAUAAAAGCCUGUGGAAACGUAUUGUCUCUGGUGGUGUACUGUUGCACUGUUAAAUGGUGGACUGCAAACAGUGUUAUUGGCAGUUGAAUACACAAUACUACAUUGAACGCUGGGAAUACCCUGUAUUCACAGCAGUAGUAAUAUCUUCAAUCGAAAUAAAACCUCUGAAUUUCCCUAUCUGCACUGCACAUUGCUUUGUGGUGUGAUCUUUUAUUUUGAAAAACUAACGUACCGGAAAAGACUCCUCAUAGGUGCGGAUGCAAAGAUGGCGGAAGAGGAGAACCAGUUUGAAGAAUUUGAGCAAAUAGACUUUUUAAGAGAUAGGCAUGUACGAUUCUUUCAGAGAACACUUCAGGUGUUACCUGAGAGAUACGCCUCGCUGGAGACAACCAGGUUAACGAUAAUAUUUUUUGCCCUGUCUGGUCUCGAUGUGCUGGACGCUCUAGAUUUGAUUGAUAGGAACAUGAUGAUUGAGUGGAUCUACUCACUACAGGUUCUGCCCACAGAGGACGGAGCUAAUCUUAGUCGUUGUGGUUUUCGAGGAUCAUCACAUAUUGGAAUUCCUUACAGCACUAAGGGUCCAGGUGUGCUCCAUCCAUAUGACAGUGGCCAUGUAGCUAUGACAUACACUGGGCUGUGCUCGCUGCUAAUACUUGGAGACGACCUGAGCAGGGUUAACAAACAGGCCUGUCUGGCUGGUCUCAGAGCACUGCAGCUGGAGGACGGCAGUUUCUACGCAGUGCCAGAAGGAAGUGAAAAUGACAUACGAUUUAUCUACUGUGCAGCCAGUAUCUGUUACAUCCUCGAUGACUGGUCAGGCAUGGACAUCCAGAAGGCCAUAGAGUACAUUAGAGGAAGUUUGUCAUACGACAAUGGGUUUGGCCAGGGAGCUGGACGAGAGUCACACGGUGGCUGGACGUACUGCGCCAUAGCCUCUCUGUGCCUGAUGGGACGGCUCGAGGAGGCGAUGAGUCAGCGGGAGCUGGACAGGAUCCGACGCUGGUGUAUCAUGAGGCAGCAGAGCGGCUUCCACGGGCGGCCCAACAAACCUGUAGACACAUGCUACUCCUUCUGGGUGGGAGCGACGCUAGAGCUGUUAAAUGUGUUCCAGUAUACAAACUUUGACAAGAACAGGAGCUUCAUCCUUUCCACGCAGGAUCGGUUGGUGGGGGGAUUCGCCAAGUGGCCGGACAGCCAUCCAGACCCCCUCCAUGCCUACUUAGGGCUGUGUGGUUUAUCUCUGAUCGGAGAGCCCAGUCUGAGGAAGGUCCACCCAGCUCUAAACAUCACCCAGAGAGCCUUUCAGCACGUCCAGCAGCUGCAGCAGACAUGGAGGGGCAGCACUGGCAGCUGUAGCGGACAGCACUGACAGCAGGGUGAUCCACAGCUCUGUCUCUGAACAGGUUCAGUAAUUAGGAACAGCUAACAAUAGUCCAUCAAAGGCAACUGGACAUUUGCUGUGUUUCUUGAAGAGAUUUGACUGCUUAUCUAAGAGGCCUCCUCAUUUCAGGAAUCAAGUCGGUUUUUAAGACCCCAGUUACACGAUAGUAACUUUGGGGAGCUUGUUUUAAGUCCAUCUGAAGUGACUUUUCUGUUAAGCAAUAUUCGCCACUUUUUUUUUGCUGCCUUUUUUUGUUAUUAGUCUGUAGUAAAUAACAAUGUGCAUUGUUGUUUUUGGGGAUGAAAUUAUGUGCCAGAAAGUCAAAUUUGAGUCACUGGAGACUCGAAGAACGAAAUUCCAGAUGCCUCAAUUUUGCAAACUUAAAAAAAUAAAAUGCAGUUUUGGAAGCUUCCUGCUCCUCAUCAUAGUCAACAACACAAUCUGCUGGUUACCUUCCCAGCCGAGGAUGAACCGACUCACUCCACACUGACAUAAGAAACAUCAGCAGAGCAAACGUAAUUCAUUGAGGUACCAAGGAGAGCUUACAUCUAAAUUGUGUCUUAUAUGGUUCAUGAGUAACUGGUAGCUGAAAGUUUUUGAGUGGUCAUUUGAUGUGAAUUGAAUAGAUAUGUGUUCACUUUUGCAGACUAAUGCCCCUAUAUGUUGAGAAAAUAGGUCUACGUUUUUGUUCAGAUAGCAGUAUGGGCCCAGUGGUAAUUUUGGGGGGGGGAUACCGUCGAGACAAAAUCAUGUUUCUUUUGGAUUAACAUCACUACAUCCUCAGACAAAAAAAACAUCCUGAGGCACUGUGCUCACUAUACAGAUUAUUUGCCUCUCUGCCCAUCUGACGUCUCCAUCCUCACGUUGUUCGUGAACCUUUCUAAAGCCUCAAGCUCUCCAGUCCCAAAGGUGAUACAGACCUGGCAGGUAAACUCUGCGAUGUUUCUCACCUCAACUCCCUGCAGCUUCACCACUGCAGUCUUUGUUCAGUGAUCCAGAGAGAUUUAAAUGAUACUGAACUGCUGGAAGGAAUUCAUAGAAAAGGCAGCUAAGAGCAAACUACCACUCCAAGGGGCAAAUCUAUGAUUGAAGAAAAACAUUUUUUUUUUUAAAUUGAGUUCAGCUACAGGCCUUAUUAUUACAUGUAUUGUUCCUGUGGCUAACAGAAAAAUUGAAUGGGUGUCUUAAGGGAAUUUGGUUUAAAGGGAGGGGGAGGGGUUUAAAUCCCUUCUCUCCUAAAAGAUGGUAACCAUCAAUUUCAGCAGCAGAUCCCAUCCAGAUAUCCCCUGACUCCUGCACCCUGAACUCAUCCGAGCUACCCUCCUUCACCAGCCUCCUUACUCCCUGCAGGGCACCAGCUCGCCUCAAAUCAAUAGGAGAAAGAUGAAACAGUGGCAUCAUAACUUGAGGAAAUAUAUUCCUUGAACAGCACGGAGAAUUGACAUGUUAUUUUCAGAACAGAAAGGACGCAGGGCAAAAUCAAACAACAAUGCACAUGAGCAGAAUGUGCCAAAGGAAAAGACUAUUAUCCUACACUCCACUCCUCUCUGAGUCCUAAAAUGCCACUUGCAGCCCUGGCUGGGCGAAAUGAUGAUAUAUAUACUGUCAAAACAAGAUUCAAGAUCUUUUUUUUUUAUUGCCUUAUUGCCCUCAAUCUGAGCUAGAACUUGUAAAUGUGUAGUUUUAAAAUCCUAAAAAGAUGCUGAAAAGGUCACACACAGGCACUGGAUUUCUGAAUAGAGCUCUGCCUGUUCCCCUUGUCUUCUCAUCGCAUCAAUGCUCUGAUUCCCAGCAAGUGACAUUUCCAGCUUCACAGGUUCCUCCAGCCCCCAGCUGAAGCCACACCCUUUCAUUAUAAGACUUCACUGUCACAGCAAGCACCUGCUCCCUCAGAUGACGAUGGAGGACGGGAUGAUAUCACAGCAGGUCAGAAGUACAGUGGCCUGUUUGCAACAUGUUAGCUGCGGGAGUCUGCUGCUGUGUAACAGCAGUUCUGACUGGAUAUGAUAAUAUAAUAUCACCAUUGUGGUUUUCCUUCCAUCAUCUAAAAUAAAGCUGUGCUUGGCACGGUCUCCAUUCUCACCAAGUUGCCCUCCUUUUUAUACUUAGACAACCGAGCAGACAGACAGAGGAAAGGAGAUCUGAGGAGAGGAGAGGAGAGGUGAAUAAAUAAAUAAUUUUACCCAUCUAUUAUUAAAAAUGUACUGUCGGAGGCUGGAAUCUCCUCUCUGAACCCUAACCAAACCCCCAGUGUUAUACAGCCUUAUUUUGGUGCAAACACAAUUGCUUUUUAUCUUUUGGUUUGGAUACUGUUUUAUCUAAGAUAACAGGCUUUGCUGUAGUUACUCUUACCAACUUCUCUCCUGCCUUUUCUUUUUCUUUUGUUGGCUACAAUAAAAUAUUUUAAACAAUGUAACUUCUUGGACCAUUCAGCUAUUGCAGCUAAUGAAUUGAGCCUCAGACACACAAAUAAUGUUAGAAGACAUUUAGUAAAAUUAGCUUUUUGAAUUAUUACUCUGGAAUCAGUCUUUUUCUGUAAUUUAGAAAUAUCAGGAAUCUGGGUUGUCCUGAGUCAGAAAUGCACUGAAAGAGAAAGAUCAUGUCUCCCAUGCAUCUUCUCAAGCUACUCUAACUAGUAACACCAACUCCUUUGGCUGGGUUUUACCUUUAGCGUACAUAGGCCAAUCACAUGGCAAGACCACGCUCUCAAACUUGACUCUGAAAUGUGCCUCACGUAGCUUUGUUCUGGGUCACAGUCUCUUAAUGCUCCCUUCUUCCUUUUUCUGGUUUCACUACAUGUGCAGCUUGCUUUGCUGUUAUCAAGAAUGGAACUGAAAAUUCAAGUGUUCUCUGAAGGAGGUCGAGGAAAGGUGUAUCCUAAAUCCUGGCAAACGUUCAGGAAGUGGAACACCCACUCUGUAAACAAUUUUUCCUCCUCCCAUCUUUGCAGAGUUCACUUAUCCAAUCAGACAUAAGGUGACUGUUAGAGGUCGUUUAACCAGAAUCUGACUGUCACUUCACGUCUGAUCGAUAAUGACUUUCCAGAAGGAGAAUUAAUUGAGACAGAACACAGAAAGGCUUACUCAACUUUAAAAAAAAAAAGAGAUUGGAUGGAUGGAUUUGCCACUUACUGCAUCUCAGCAGUUAUUAUAUUGCGUCUCCUUUUUGCUACGUCACACUGCAGUCGAUGCUCUCAGUCCCACAGCAUGUACAGAGGGGAACGAGGCUUUGCGCUUUUUAGAUGGCUGCAGCGUCCGGAUCGCUCUGAGUUGUGAAAGGAUUGUGAAAGUCUUUUUGAGAUGCAGCCAAAAUGCCACACGCGGUCAACCAUGACCCCUUGCUCUAUCAUUAACUAAUAUACAUAAUGUAAUAAUAAAUGUAAUGGAAUUUAUUUUUUCUAUGCUUUGUAGAGAUAUUGAGUGUAGAUAAAAUGUAAAUGUCUAUAAAUAUGUGACUUCUAUUGUGCAAGUGCUCAAGAUGAAAAAAAAAAUGUUUACAGCUACAUCCGUGAGAUUGAUAAAGGAAUUGGAUAUGCAAAUGUUGACAUGUGAUGUAUUAUAGUAUUUCAGCUUUGAAUUUGAGGACAGUAAUGUUGAUUCUAGCUUGGCGGUGCAUACUGUAUUUAUGAUAAAUAAAAAAACACGUACUAACUUUUA